CGGAGAUCUGGGCAAGAGCUGUAAAUCAAGAUGGCGGCUGCUUGGCGAUCAAACCUUGGUAAAUACGUGAGGGAAAUCCGUAUUCAUUUGUGUCAAAAGUCACAGAGCAGUCAAGGGACGAGGUAAGAAAUACGAAUAUCAGUUAAUAAUCAUAGGACAAUCGUAUAGUAUGUUUUGAUGUACUUUCUUCGGUAUUUCGUUUUUACAAUUUCUGAGGCGAACAGUCGUCACAAGAAGUCUUGAUAUUUAGUUUAUUAGCUUGUGUAGCUGAUAUAAAGGCCAAGAAAACAUCGCUUUAAUGGUCUUCCAGGAAGGAAAACUUGAAAAAAAUCUUUUUAGUCACAAGAAAAGUCUCCUGCAGGUUAACUGAUUUGUUUUCCAAAAUGUGGGAUAUCAAAACCAAGAAUGGAAAAAAGUGUGUGUCUAUGUUUAAGAAAACUGGAAUGAGAUUAGGACUAAAAGGAAGAAUGUGAGUAUUUUCUCCAAGUACAAUUGUUCACCAAACGUACCUCAGAUGGAAUAUGUUUGAAUAGACUUUCAUUUUUCAACUGACUACCUUAGGAAAUGUUCAUUUAUUUCCAAUCUAAUCCCUUCCUUGGUGCUCAUGUUCCUUCCCAAUCCUUUCCCAGUGCAUCUCUCACUCUUCGUCUUUUCUCUCUGUAUGAAAAGCCCUAACUUCAUAUAUGUACUUAUAUGAAACAAAUCAUGGAUGGCAGACCCCCCCCCUCCCUUACCUUUUGCAAACAAAUAAAUACUCGCUAAGGUGAGAGUCUCCCUGGCCUGCAAAUCACUAUGUGCCUCCCCCUCCCCUAAUCUCCCACUCCCCUCCCGUACACCUGGAAAAAUGUUCCGCCAUCCUCUUAUAAUAGAUUUAAUCAAAUUGCAUUGACUGGGCAUUACAUGUCCAGUACAAGUGUUGAUAUUUAUGUGUUUACUAGAGGCUUUUUGGCUCUAGGUUAAAGCGUUCUCCAUUUUGUUUCAGUGGUUGGUAAUAUAAUAAAAAAAUAAAUAAAAAAACAAGCAAACAAUGUUUUCAAGCUGGAACUUUUUCUUUGUUCUGCAGGGACUUUUUGGAAAAAUACUACAUAGGCUUAAAGAAGGAUAAUCCUAAGCUCCCCAUCCUUGUGAGAGAAUGCAGUGGCAUUCAGCCAAAGAUGUAUGCAAGAUAUGGUAAGGGCUAAACUCAUCACAGGCAGCUCAUGAAGCUCAUACCCACAGUUACCAGACUCUGUGGGGGUAUUUCUGGAAGAUGUGAUGAUCCCUAUUGACAGAACAACAAUUUUGGAGAUUGAGAUGUUGAUUUGCAAGCAAAGACUUCGUUGAAAAAAAAAAUGAUGAUUGACUUAAAAGCAAUGUCAGCAGGUACCCAUGGAGAGGCCCAGUUAUCAUAUAAUAAUUUUAUGUCUCAGGUUAUCACUGAGAUUGUUGGAAUACCAAUGUAUCCAUUUUCUUUUGAAGUAUAUUAUUUUUUGAAGAUCCCUCGUAAAAAUCCCUAAUUUAAAUGUUUACUGGUAAACUGUUCCAAAUUGCUCUUGAAGUGAGAGUAUUUUAGCAUAUCCUGACUAUAUUUGUCUCUACCCUUUUUGGUUUAUGUCUGCUUGAUUUUAGAGAAAAGGUCUUUAACAUACAAUUAUUUUAUUCUAACCAUUGGCUGGUAUAGCAAUCUAACUUGCUGGUGUACAUUAGAUAAGUGUUUGUGCUGCAAACAUUUGUAUAGGCCAUUUUGGAAUUACCUCAAGCCUCUGUUUCAAAGUGAGGCUACCGUAAAAUUGCAAAAAUAAGCCCCUCCAUGUAUAAGCAAAGCCAUUGAUAUGAAAAUGAUUUUAUUAGUCUCAUGCAAAUAUAACCCAUAAUUUUUCAAAAGAAAUGUUGUGCACUUGGCCUCAUUUUGACAGUGAGAGUUUUUGGAUCUCGAAAAUGGCCUGUUAUUGCACUAGCAGUACUGUGUCAUCCUUUGUCACCCUUGGCAGAUAGGAUAAUGGCUGGGGUGGGGAGAGGAGAGGAAAGGUAGGGGGGAGAAGUGCAAUGGCCAUUACAAGUUACAUUUUGUAAGACUACGCUUGAGGAAAACUAAUACUUAGCAAGUGAAACCCCUAAGAUAAGAUCAAGACCACAGAAAUGACAUAGAUUGUCUACAGACCCAGUACGAGACAAAUGUAUGAUGUAUUUAUUUGUUUAUUUAUACUGUAGUCCAGCUUUGGUGUGUCACAUAACUCACACCUGAUGGGUGUGGUCAUGUUUCAUAUCUUUCAGGUUAUGGAAAAGAGAGUUCAGUACAGCUAAACAAUUUGGACAGUGAAGGAGUUUUACAAGCAAUGGAGAAACUUGUGGCAUCAGGGGCAUCUUCAUGAGCACCAUGAGAAGAUAUCUAUGAUCUCUGCACUGUUCUUGAAAAAAAAGGAAUAGAAUUGUGUUGGAGUGUUUGCAUUUUCAUUCAGGUUACUUUGUCUCCAUGAAGUUGAUUUGGUAAAUUUGGUACCAAACUUGUGUUCUCUUAGUGCCCGUAAUGUCAGAACAAUUAAGUUUCAUGUCCAGCAUUUGAUGUCAAAUUAUAUAUGUAUAAUAUUAAAAAUUGUUUCGGUAUUUUCUGUAGUAUUGUAAUCUAAGAGCAAACUUUGAUGUUCAUUUUAAUUAUAAUUAUAAUUUCCUGUGUUAUAUUUACUUAUAUUCAAGAGUUUCUCUCCAUUUUCUGAAAGAUCGCAAUAUUAAGAUGGAAUUCUGGACAAUGUGUUGUGUUUUAAAAAUUGCAUUAAAGCAUGUUUAUUUCUACUUGUCUCCUCAUCCUUAAAAAGUUUUUUGGUAGUCCAAACCACAGCCUGUACACAGAUGUAAUCUAACCCAAGUUAGUAAUGUCUGUGAAACAGUGCCGGUAUCCUUGCUCAGGGCCUCUAACAGAUUGAACAAUUUACUGGAAAUGCAUUUCAAAUUUCCCAUCCACCUGAUUGGCUUGAGUUGACAUAGGUGUGGACCAUGAACAAGUAUUUUGGCACUGUUUCACUGACAGACUUAACCAGAACUUUAGUUCAGUCUGUGGCACCAGCUACUUAAACCAGUCGCAGACAUGAAACAUUUAACAGUACAGAAACAGCAUACUGUUUUGUUGCCAUUCAUUGAGAAUUAUCCAUGAAAAUUGUCCAAUAACUACAGGUUUAAUGGUUAAGAUGACAAUAUUCAAUGCAAUAAUUACAGUCAGUAAAUUACCUUGUAAAUAAGGGGUGGGAUACUUUGAAUAGCCAUUAUUAAUCCUUUUAACCCUAAGAUCAAAAUAAAAAUUCUCAUUUGUUGCCCCUAUUCAUUUACUACAGAAUUAGUGGGGAGAAGUUGACAAAAUAUCAAGCAAAUACAUCUUGUGUGAUCUUGUCCUUAAUUCUCAUGACCACUCUAUUUUACAAAACAUGGCUAUUACCAGGAGAAAUUUGAUGCUGAUCACUCUUAGGGUUUAAACGGUUAAUAGUCCAAUUUUAUCCUUCAUUCAAUUUGGGAAAGAGGGAGUGGGACUCUUUUCCUUCAGCCUCUUCCCCAGUUCUGUCUUGCCUUAAGCUUUUGCUCCAGUUCUCUUCAGUCUUUCCGUGACUUCCUUAAAAGUGACUGCUGGCACGGCUUUGUCAAGUUCUCUUUAAAAAGAACUGUCAGUCAACGAUUGGUUGUCUACAGGCCAUCAUUUCAGCAAGCAGUUGAAAAAUGGUUGGUGUUUAUUUUUGAAGGGGAGAGGGGAAUUGGUUUGGACAACAACAACAGCUACCUAAAAGACUUGAAGCUAAAAAUAGCAUACCAUAUUUCCUCGAAUGAGUGCCUCGGUGCCUCUUUAAGUUUUAGUUCAAAGGAUGGCCACUUAUUUGAAGAAGGGAGCUUAUUACAUCUCCUUUCAACAAACUAGAGAAUGGUCUAGUUGUUCCUGGAAAGUUAACGACAUUUACCAAGAGUGUGACAAUGGGACAAAAAUUGAAAGAAGAGGUAACGCAUAUAAAGGAACUCUGCAAGUGAAUGGAUAUACUGAAAUAACUGGAAGUGACUUAACAGAAAAGAAACUAUUCUUCUUUACUGAUUCCACUGUAGUCAAGGCCUGAAAGGGUAAAAAUAAAGUGGCUAUACAAUGUUUUCCCUGGUAUCCCUACUAUUUAAGAAAGUGAGGGGGAGGGGAGGGGUGUGUUUAUUUCAAGGGGAGCACUCAUUUGAUAUCUGGCCUUAGGAGUUGGUGCUUAUUUGCGGGAGGGCAUUUAUGAGAACAUGGGCACUUAUUCAAGGAAAUAAUAAUGGUAAUUAUUGUCGCACUACAAGAAAUCUACUCCCCCUUCUUUCACCUAUAACCCAUAGCACUGAUCAGAAAUUAUUUUGACACAAAAUACAGGAAUAUGAUUUCCAAUGGAUCUUUCAUUAGCAACAACUUGAAACAUAAAGUGAACUAAACAGGGACAAACUAUCCUUCUCUGAGAUAGAUUUCAAGAAACAAAUCCAAAUCUUCACAUUGGAUUUAACCUGAAAAACCAAAACCUGAAAAUUGCUUUGGGAGUAGGCCACUUCUUAAUAAUACAAUUAUCAUAAAUGUCCACAAAGGUUGCCCAUCAUUCCACAAAAAGUCCUGCAGUCCACUCCUUUGAAGGAAAUUCACUUUCGCAUGUCGAAUAAUAAUUGUUUUAGCACCUGAUCCUGCUUACUGCUGUAGUUUGAAAAAGAGUGCUCAAGGCCAUCAUUCAGUAAUUGACAGGGGUAGGGUGGGGCAACAUGGAUACCCACUGCAAGAAAAAGAGGGCCGAGGCAGAAGUGGAAACUUGACCGUCACUCAACAUCUCAUUUUACAGCCAAAGAAAACAGCCAACAUUUCGUGAUGCCACCACUGGUUUUCCUUGCGAAAUGACAUCUGACGUCUAGCAAACAAGUGCAGAAAUUCCACACUGACGACGUGUCACUACCUAGAUCUGCAUAGUGCUACCCUGCAAGUAGAGGUUUCUCUCUUGCAUGGCUUUUAGCAUUUACAAAGUUGUUCACGUCACUUGUCAGUUGCAUAGUUGGUUUGUAUACUUCCUAUAGCCUAGGAACGAAGACAAAUUUCUAGUCGUCGCCUCUGUCCACCCAAAGGUGGAGAGAAGCAAUGACUGGAAUUACAUUUGCAAUCACACGCUAUGCCUCUGAUUGGUUGAAACAAAUUUCCUAUGCAGUACAACCAAUCAGAGGCAGUACUCAGAUCUGGGUAGUGACAAGUCAUCAGUAUGAAAUUCCUGUGCGUGUUCCACGGACGUCCUUUUGUGGGGGAAUAAGUGGUGGCAUUGCAAAUUGUCAGCUGUUUCCUCAGGCUACUAACUUAAAGGGACACAGUCAGCUGAUGUACAUGCGCAUUAGAUACCAUUUCUUAGCUGAUUUGCACGUCACAAGACGCGCGUGAAACAGAAAGUGAGAAGCAUACCUGGAAUACUCAAAACAAACCUUGAAGAGUUGAAAGCCCAAAUUGUGAUUAUAGACCCUAAGCCACAUCAGAGCACACAUUUUUUAUAUCCCAUUGAUACGGAAUUGAGAAUUUACCAAUUGAUUUGUCCAGGAAAAGUUAAACAUCGACGAAUACUUCUGAAUUUGAUCAUCAGUAGAAGUGAGAAAUGACACAGAGUCGGCAUGAAUCAUAGUCGAAGGUUGAAGGUCGAGAGAGCUUGAUUUUCCAAACACAUGUAACCUUUUCCAUCGAUUUUCCAAAUACAUAUAACGAUUAUUUACUGGCUGAUGUUAUUGAUUCAUUUCUUUUGUUAUUUUGGUAAAUGAAAGCAAUUUCUCCCGCCUGGUGCCUACGCAUUUCUCACCUCUUCUGUUCUUGUUCCUCUGGAUACUGUUGUUAAUCAAAUAUGAUAAAAUAAUGUCAUAGGAUGA